AUGCCUACUGUUUACCCAGCUAUAAUCAUCCCUGAAUCCUUGAAAGGCAAAGUAAAGGAUGCACUUGAUGAUCUUCAGGCAAAAGACAUCAUCGAAGAAGUCAGCUCUCCAACUGAUUGGGUAAAUCAGAUGGCUGUGGUGCAGAAAAAAUCUGGUAAAGUACGUGUUUGUCUAGACCCCAGACCUCUCAACAUCAUGCUUAAGAGGGAGCACUAUCCCUUACCUGUCUUAGAUGAUAUUCUACCUCAGCUUUCAGAUGCUACAGUCUUUUCAAUCUGCGACUUGAAAGACGGAUACCUUCACUGCAAGUUAGAUGAAGAGUCUAGUUUACUGACUACUUUUGCCACACCCUGGAGAAGGUACAGAUGGAAAGGUCUUCCAUUUGGUUUGAAAGUCAGUAGUGAAAUCUUCCAAAAGAGGCUUCACCAAGCACCUGAUGGUCUUUCUGGAGUCCGCUGUGUGGCCGACGACAUCAUCAUCUGGGGCAACAGUGACGCUGAGCAUGAUGCCCGACUACAUUGUCUACUGAAGAGAUGUCAAGCUGUUGGCAUUGUGUUGAACAAGGAGAAAUGCCAGUUCCGACUGAAGGAAAUCUCAUUCCUUGGCCACAUAGUAUCCAACUCUGGACUCAAACCUGAUCCAUCAAAGAUCGAAGCUAUCCUGAACAUGACUGAUCCUUCCUGCAAAGAUGACAUCCAUCGCUUGCGUGGUCUGGGAAACUACCUAUCCAGAUACCUACCUAAAUUAUCAGAUGUGAUGAAACCUCUCAAUGACUUGACGCAUAACAACUCAGUGUGGACUUGGGACUCCAACCACGACAAAGCUUUCAAGGUGUUGAAAGAGAUGCUAGUGCAAGCACCUGUGUUGGCUUUCUACGAUCAUAGCAAACCGCUAGAAAUUCAGACUGAUGCCAGCUCCACAGGCGUGGGUGCGGUUAUGGUACAAGAUGGUAGACCGAUAGCCUAUGCUAGCAGAAUGCUGAGUGAUGCCGAAUCCAGAUACUCUGUCAUUGAGAAAGAAAUGCUUGGUUUAGUAUUUGCACUGGAGAAAUGGAAUCAAUACACCUAUGGCCGUGAAAUAACUGUGUUCACUGACCACAAACCUCUUAAAAGCAUCUGCAAGAAACACCUGGAUAGAGCUCCAAAGCGUCUGCAAGGGUUACUGCUACGAGAUCUUGCAUAUGACAUACAAGUGAGAUAUCUCAAGGGCAAGGACAACGUCCUGGCUGAUGCUCUUAGCCGUGCUUCUCUUCCCUAUGAGAGUGGACAACAUGGUCUAGAAGUGGUGAAUGCUGUUAACCACUUGGCACUCCCUGAUGACAGGAUAGCAGAGAUAAAGAGACAGACUGCCAAUGACCCAACUCUCUGCCAACUCAAAGACACCCUUCUUGAAGGGUGGCCAGACCACAAGUCACAACUUCCUCAGUCACUCACCCCGUACUUUGGUUUCAGAGAUGAACUUUCUGUCAGUGAUGAUCUAAUCUUCAAGGGUGAACGGCUUGUAGUCCCAAAACAAGUCAGACACAAGAUGAAAGAGGAGUUACAUCGUGGUCACAAUGGUGUGGAGUCAACUUUGAGAAGAGCUCGUGAUCAUCUCUACUGGCCGGGCAUGAGUAAAGAAAUCAAGGAAUUUAUUCAAACAUGUGCCACAUGCCAAGAAAACUCUAUCUCACAGCCUGCCCAGCCUCUGAUGUCUCACCAGAUUAUUGACAGACCAUGGGCCAAGAUUGGAAUUGAUCUUUUCCAUCAUGGUAAUGAAACCUAUCUCAUCAUGGUUUGUUAUUACUCCAACUUCUUUGAGAUGGAAAAGCUACAGAGGACAACUGCCCCUGCAGUCAUCAAGAGACUCAAACACCAGUUUGGGAGAUAUGGAGUACCUGAAAUCAUCGUAUCUGACAAUGGUCAUCCUUUCUCCUCUAACGAAUUUGCUGAAUUUGCAAAAAAGAUUGGAGUUGAGCACAAUACCAUCUCUCCAUACAACAGCAAAGCUAAUGGCAAAGCAGAGUCUGCUGUCAAGACUGCAAAAAGACUACUUACAAGAUGCAAGGAUACUGGAGAUGAUGUUGAUCUAGCCUUACUCAACAGUCGCAACACCCAGACACAAGGUAUCCAGAGUAGUCCAGCCCAGAGAUUCAUGGGUCGUCGGACUCGUACUCUCCUCCCCACUUCGACUCGAUUGCUUGCACCUGAUCGCAACCCACAGACUGAUCUUGAGAGACUGAAAGAAAGCCAGAAACGUCAAGCAAAGUAUUUCAACAGAGAUACAAGAAAGUUGAAAGAUCUCUCACCAGGAGCAGUAGUAAGAGUCAAGCCAUUCAACAAUGACAAGAAGUGGAAGAAAGCAGUUAUCCUUAAGAAACUGGAUGACCGUUCCUAUGAAGUUCGCUGUGAGGGCCAUGUUCUCAGAAGGAACAGAGAACACCUCAGAGCCACAUCUGAACCACAAGACGUACAUGACACUGGUCCUGCUCUUUUCAACUGGAGACGUUCUGAUGGUAAUCCUCAACCUGAUGUACCAACUACUGAGCGCCAUACUUCCCAUACCAGGACCCAGAUAUCCCAGACCGCGGAUAUUAACAGUCCGGAGAAGUCGCGUGAUGCAAACUUGAAUACCUCAGAAAUCAACCCAGCUUUCCUGAGACGAUCUAGACGUCAGCGACGCGAACCGCUUAAGAUGGGGGAUUUUGUUACGUUUUGA